UGGUUUUUCCAUCACCUGUUUGUAAAUAUAAUUGAAAAGAAAUGGGGGAAAAGAAUCUAAGUUAAUGGUUGUAGAUGUAGUGAUCUGAGGAGUGUGUUUUAUGUCUGUAGUUUUGGAGAGAUGCUGGCCUUCACUCUCACUGCCUUUCUGGAGCUCAUGGAUCACGGCAUCGUCUCCUGGGAUCUGAUUUCUGUGUCCUUCAUCAAACAGAUCGCGGGGUACGUGAACCAGCCCAUGGUGGACGUGUCCAUCCUGCAGCGCUCUCUGGCCAUCCUCGAGAGCAUGGUGCUGAACAGCCACAGCCUCUACCAGCGGGUGGCGCAGGAGACCACCGUCACACAGCUCAUCACACACCUGCAAGUGUCCAAUCAGGAGAUCCAGACGUACGCCAUCGCCCUCAUCAACGCCCUGUUCCUCAAAACCCCAGAGGACAGACGCCAGGAGAUGGCGAGUACACUGGCUCAGAAACACCUCCGUGGCAUCAUUCUCAAUCACAUCAUCCGAGGGAACCGACCGGUCAAAGCUGAGAUGGCGCACCAGCUGUACGUGCUGCAGGUUCUGACCUUUAACCUUCUGGAGGAACGCAUGAUGACCAAAAUGGACCCGAAUGACCAGACACAAAGAGAUAUCAUCUUUGAACUCAGAAGAAUCGCCUUUGAUGGAGACAAUGAUCCGAGUGGAACAGAGAAGAGGAAAGCCAUCUACACUAAAGACUACAAGAUGCUGGGCUUCACUAAUCCUAUGAAUCCUGCCAUGGAUUUCACUCAGACACCGCCGGGGAUGUUGGCCCUGGACAACAUGCUUUAUCUUGCAAAAGUGCAUCAGGACACUUAUAUCAGAAUUGUUCUUGAGAACUGCAGUCGAGAAGAUAAACACGAGUGUCCGUUUGGCCGCUCCGCCAUCGAGCUGACUCGCAUGCUGUGUGACAUCCUACAGGUCGGAGAACUGCCGAACGAAGGGUGUAACGACUUCCAUCCCAUGUUUUUUACCCACGAGCGCGCUUGGGAAGAGUUCUUCUGCGUCUGCAUACAGCUGCUCAACAAGACAUGGAAAGAAAUGAGGGCUACUGCAGAAGAUUUCAACAAGGUGAUGACGGUGGUCCGGGAGCAGAUCACCAGAGCUCUGGCCAUGAAGCCUCCGUCUCUGGAGCAGCUGCGGGUCAAACUGCGCAGUCUGAGCUACUCUGAGAUCCUGCGUCUGCGUCAGUCAGAGAGAAUGAGUCAGGACGACUUCCAGUCUCCUCCUAUCAUUGAGCUGCGAGAGCGGAUCCAGCCGGAGAUCCUGGAGCUCAUCAAACAGCAGCGGCUCAAUCGUCUCUGUGAGGGAAGCUGCUUUCGCAAACUUGGAAACAGACGGAGACAAGAGAAGUUCUGGUUCUGCCGUCUGUCGUUGAAUCACAAGGUCCUGCACUACGGGGAUCUGGACGAGUCUCCUCAGGGUGAAGUUCCCUUCGAGCUGCUCGCCGAUAAGAUUCCCGUGUCGGACAUUAAAGCGGUGCACGGGAAAGACUGUCCACACAUGAAGGAGAAGAGCGCUCUCAAACAGAACAAGGAAGUGUUGGAGUUGGCGUUCUCCAUCCUCUAUGACCCCGACGAGGCUCUCAACUUUGUGGCUCCCAACAAAUAUGAGUACUGCAUCUGGACAGAUGGGCUGUCUGCGCUCUUGGGGAAGGAGUUGGGCAGCGAUCUCACACGAAGUGACCUUGACACAUUAAUGAGUAUGGAAAUGAAGCUCCGCCUCCUGGACCUGGAGAACAUCACCAUCCCUGAGGCUCCGCCCCCUGUGCCCAAAGAGCCCAGCACUUAUAACUUCACCUAUAACUACGGAUGAGGCCGCGUCUGUUCUGUGUGAGACGCCGAGGAGUGAAGAACACACUUCACUCGUAUGCUAGUGUACGGGCCUGAACUUGAACUAGUCUUGCUUACGAGAGUAUUUUUUCAGUCCUUUUUCAAAUGUUUGCGAGGCUCUUCUGUCUUCGACUAUUUGAUUUUAAUUCGAUAGAAAAGCAGAAACGCAUCUUAAACAUCAUUAUGUGUUUAGAUAUUGUAAGACAUCGAGUCCAUGUGUGAUGUGACGUUAAACGCUUCUACGAGUAACUCAACUGAACCGCUAGUAACUUUGUACACCCCACGGAUCUGUCUGCAGAUAACUAAUAUUUACUGACGUUUGCUUUUGUCAAUAGAAAUAUAUUUUUGUACUUGAUGUGAAAGACACUAUAUGGUGUGCAUGAAAGCGAGGGCAGGAAGAGCGAGCGGGACGAAGG